UUAUUUUUAAUACAUGUAUAAUUAAAGAAAAGGAAAAAGCCAACCCAUGGUUGCUUUGAACGCAUUGUCGUAAAGCUCAGCUUUUAUCAGAAUCUGGGAAAUAAGAAUUGGGAAGCGAGAGAAGAAUUUGGUGGGAAGGAAGGAUGAGGAAGCUGAGAUGGGUAAUGGAUGGUUCUGGGUUUUGGGAAGUUGACGCGUCGACGCCAAGGACCCUUGAAGCUCAGGCUCGGGCGGUUCCAAGUGACCCACUUCCACUGGGAUUGUCGAGAGGCACCAGACUUUCCAGGCCCAAACAGAUUGACUUCAUGCAGCGUUUCAUGGCUGCCCCUUUUGUCCCUUUCUAUGCCGGAAACACCUCCAAUGGUGGCACUGGCUGGGCUUUGCAACGUGUCCUCACCAUCCCAUUUUCCAACAACUGGUUUGGGACUGUGCUAGGUCAGUUCAAUGUGCAAAAGUUGUUGUCUUUGGUGAUGUCCAGUCGGGAGGCAGCUCGAUCAGAAACCCCAUGGCUGCAAAGCAUUACUGGACACCUAAAAGAUAAAUCUUUAUAUGCAGUUGGUUUUUUUUCAGAGUUAUUAUUAACAAAUGAUGAUACACUGCUUGUUAGUUUUGACACUUAUGCUGCUGAUAACAAUAAAUCUCGGAAGAAAGCGGUUUUUCAUCACAAGUUUCCUCACCACAAUUUAACAGUAGAGGCAGCUUGGCCAGGACUUUUUGUCGACAAGCUUGGUAAUUACUGGGACGUACCAUUCUCAGUGGCAGUUGAUCUUGCUUCAGUUGCUUCUGACUCUGGUGAAAGUUAUCAUCUGUGUAUGCACCACAAUUCGGGCUUUCCAGAACAGUUUGGUGGCGAUCAGAGUAAUCAAGUUCCCACUACACUGCUUCCUGGUUUUUCAGUCAAAAGUGCCUUUUCCUUUAAGAAGAAUAUUGACAUUUGGAGAAGUAAAGAUCAGAAGUUGAAAAUGGUUCAGCCUUUUGAUAUAUUCCUUUCGAAUCCUCAAAUUUCAGCUUCAGGGAUCAUUGGUGCUGCUGCGACUGCCUCUUUUGGGAAUAAUUCAAGCAGGUUGCAGCUGCCAGGUGAUUUUCAAGGUUUUAGUCUUCAAGCUCCUGGUGUAAAAUCUGCCUUUCUGGCAGAUUUAUUUGCAACUCUGUCGUUUACAGCCCAGCAUGGAAACUUCCAAAGGCUAUUUCUAGACCUUUCAAGGUUUCAUGCGCGCCUAGAUUUUCCUUCUGGUUCUAAGUUACUUUCCGGUGCUACACGUUUAGCACAAGAUUUUUUCAACUCUCAACAACCAAGUAUGGAAGCUCUUCAGGCCAUUUGUCCUAAUACAACACUUUCAUUUCAGCAGCAGAUUGCUGGACCUUUCAGUUUCAGGGUUGAUUCAGGAGUGGCAGUUGAUUUAAGAAACAAAAGGAAGAUACAAGUGGAUGAGCCAGUAUUUGCCAUUGAAUAUGCGUUACAGGUCCUUGGUUCAGCCAAGGCCGUUGCUUGGUAUUCCCCAAAGCACCAAGAAAUCAUGAUAGAGCUUCGCUUUUUUGAGACAUGAAGCAGCAGUAUGAUGUUUGUUUAGGAAUUCUAUUAAUUUCAUAUUUUUAUGUCAGAAUUUCUAAGAAAGAUUGGUUUGAUGUCGUUAUGGCUGGUGCAAUUGGGAAUCAACUUUUACAUGCUAGAGCUAAAUCACUCAUUUUUAACUUUUGAAGGCUAUCAAAA